AUGGCCGUCGCCCGCCAGGACGCCACACGGGCGCUGCUCGCUUGGGGAGCAAACAGUUAUGGACAACUUGGCCUUGGUCAUAAAAAUGAUCUGCUGCUGCCGAAAGCUGUGAAGUCAUUUAUCUUUAAUCAGAAUUGUAUCAAAAGCAUUACUGGUGGUGGAGGUCAUUCUGCUAUCCUUACUGAUACUGGAGAGAUCUUUUUCUGUGGCCAGAAUAAAGAUGGACAGUUGGGACUUGGUCAUAAUGAGGAUGUGACGCAUUUUACCUUAUGUCCUUCUCUUUGUGGCUGUCCUAUCGUGCAAGUUGCCUGUGGCUGGGAUUUUACAAUUGUACUUGCUGGAAAUGGCCAAGUAUUCUCCUGUGGAUCUAAUUCCUUUGGACAAUUGGGAAUUCCUGAUAUUUCAGGCAGAUGCACUGUUCCUGCAAUGAUUAAGUCUUUACAGGAUAAAGUAAUAAAUAUUGCUGCUGGACUCAGGCAUGCUGUUGCUGUGAUUGAAAAUGGUUCUGUAUUUCAAUGGGGAAUUGGUAUGGCAUCUCAAGCAAAGCGAAUGUGCCAAGAAAAAAAUAUUCCUUCUUUCUUGAGGGCAAAGGAACCUUGCAAAGUACCAGGUUUUGAAAAUGUCAAAGUGAGGAGUGUAGCUUCUGGCUCACAUCAUGUUGUGUCACUCACAGAUGAUGGAGAUUUAUAUGUUUGGGGAAACAAUAAGCACAAGCAACUAUUAAGCAAAGACUCUGUUGUUUUGGAACCUCAGAAGAUUGAAGCUUACUAUUUUAAUGGGGAAAAAAUUAGAAGAAUUUGGAGUGGUUGGACACACUUGGUAGUACAAUCAGAGACAGAGAAAGUCUUCACCUGGGGUAGAGGAGACUAUGGUCAACUUGGAAGAAGUGAGAUGCUGUGCGAAAGAGAGAGCCAGGACAGAAAGAGAUCAACAGAGCAUCAUUUGAAAGAGUCCUCUUUUGCUCCUGCUACAGUGCCCAAACUCUCUGGUGCAUCUGAGAUUGCAUGUGGUUCGGAGCACAAUCUAGCAAUAGUUGGUAAGUAGUAUGAUUUUUUUUGUUAAAUGUUCUGAAGUCUUUCUCUUUUAGCUG